GUGGUGGUGAAAACCCAGCUCGUCUUGAAUUCGCAUCUCGAAUUCUACGACUGGCCAACGAUCCUGGUCUUUCAGCCUGAGCGGGCCACAGACAGGGACACAUCUCGUACCCCUUCCACACAAGAGAUUGGCAUUGAUGACCAAAGUCCUGGAAUCCCAUCGGAGGACUUCGCUGCACCGAAUUUCGGUCAUCUGCUGUCGCCUCGUUCGGGAACACCAUCUGCUAUCCCUUCUGCCGCCCGUCCCAGCUCUUCAUCUCAUCCUCUCAGCUCUGCCACCGGUCCCGCCUGUCCCCGCCCGUCGCUUCUUCACGCCACCAAAUCUUCGAUCCAGUUUGUCAAUGCUCGGUUGCCAUAUUUGUGGCGUCCGUCUUGCUAUCCAGGCUUUUGACGUUCACCCUGUAUGCAUAAGGCGCCCAGCUAUACAUCUCCAAUGCUGGAAUUUCAUUGACAGACCACGACUCCUUCGAAAAUCCGUGUAGGCAGUCACUGUUACCAUUGUACCGAAAUCGAUACUCCCAAAUAUCAUGACUGCUGUGUUGCACCGGUCAGAUUCUGCUCUUCCAGCUUUCGGUCACUUCCGCCCUUCUCAUUGCUCGUCUACACCGUAUGAGUCGCAACAGCAGGUGAUGGAUCCCCAUCACUACGGUUACCGAGCUCCGACGAGAACGGUCAGCGACGAUACUAGUACUACUUCAAGCAUUACAUCGACGUUCCAUGGUCGAGCUCCUCAGCAACCAUAUGUACCAUUCUCGAGUCCAUCCUCGUCCACCCCUAGGACGCCCAUACCGCCUCGAACAUUUCCCGAAUAUUCAGGCGCAACACAGCAACCACCGUCAGGGCCCUUUCUACCUCUCGCUCCUCCGAUCUCCUCUCUUCCCACAGCUGCCUCUUUGGAGCCUAUAACGAGGCCUCCAUACAGAGCACCAACUUCUACAUUUCCAGCCAGCACUCCUCAACAUCAAGUCUCGUUUACAGCCACAAAUCAUGAACGCCUAGAGUUCGACGCGUCAAGUCAGCACCAUCGUCAAACAGAUCCUUCAUUUCGAGCACCCAUCCAGACCGAAUUUCCAGGUACCAGUCGACAAAAUUCCAGCAGAUGUACGCUGUACAUCAGACAGCAGCCUAGAGCGGCUCGGGCAGGACCCGACGGGAAAGAUAGAAGGCCAAUUGAUCCGCCUCCAAUUCUUCAGUUGAUGAUGCGCGAUUUCGACCCGGACAAUGCAGGCGAUGUGGCAGAGAUCAAAAAUCAGUGGUGGAUUGUGUACUGCAGAUUGGUGGCAGCAGACAAUCCAGGUCAAGACGUAAGCACUAUGCAUUAUCUUCGGGAUGAUGGUCGCAAAGAAGUGCAGCGACUACUUCUUGGAACUGCCGUGGCCAGCCCGACAGUCACCUUGGAUGACCCUGAUCCACCAACAAUGCCUCACCAUCCAACAACGCCGCCUCCGCCUCCGAGUCCGACCAUUGAUAGGUUCAUCCGACCGUCUUUGGACCGGCCAGUCAAAAAGCCUCAGGACCCCUACAAGGUUCCAGGUUGUUUCUUCAUAUUCCCCGAUCUAUCUGUCAGGAGAGCAGGGGACUACCGGCUUCAGUUUACACUAAUGAAAAUGGAAUCGGCAUAUCUAAAUCAAGGCUCGACUGUGCCAUGCGUGGACUCCACCAUCAGCCUGCCUUUUCGCGUCGUCAAUGCGAAAGACUUCGAUCAAGUUCAACCCAGCACCGACUUGGUGAAAGGGCUUUUAGCACGCGGUGCAGGGUUCCCACUGAAGCUGAAGAAGGGCAAUCGGGAGGGAAAUAGGCGCAGAAGGCAUCCUUCUGGAGAUGGAUCAGAUGAUGAUUCCUACUACGACGACAACUAUGAUUGAAUCUAAUGCCAGCGCUUUGAUGAAAAAGUUUCGGCUGCGGUGCUUUGCCGAUGACGAAAAUGCCACGACAUGAGGAGUAAUGACAUGUUUUUCGGGAAGGAUGGACACGAAAAAACACACAGGACAUAGAGCAAAUGACGCAGGACGGCCUUGAACCGCUCCAUGGGAUCGAAGGACAGACUCCAAUGUCAGAUCGCCAGCCCUCUGUCGCAGCUGUCUGAAGUGCGCGGACCUAGGUCACAGGUCGCCCUGAUCCCCAAUUAAAAUGAGCAGGUCGUCAAGAGCUUGUUGCCUGGAACCAAAGAACCAGGCUGAGAUGGCCCCCUGUCGUUGAUUGGGGAUUCUCCAGGUGACACGAGAUCCGACUUGCAGCAAACAGCACGUGGCAUGUGUUGAGAUGUGGGCCAGAUCAUGAACCAUGAUCCCGAAAUAUUGAACAGAUUGGCGCGCACCGAGAGUAACGCGAGGGAUCCCGAGCUCUGAGCGACGACAGGGCGUGAACUUUGAAAGAGACUAAGACCAACUUAAGCUUUCCCACACUUUUCCGCCUGGCCGAGAAGCAGAGGACCGGUGUUGAAAUGGAGAAGAUGGCAUCGACAUGACAGUUAAGCGAGCUGGCUGAAAGCGGAGCCGUACGACACGAGACUACACAGUAUUCUGCAAAGGCAGUCGGGGUUGUAAGUCUCCAUAAUCGUAGCAUAUCCGAAUGUCAUGAGCAAACCCACUCUCCACAGCGCUGGACUAAACGGGUACCACUCCUAAGCUGUUGAGGUUAGGUCAAUUCCAUACCAGUGUGAAUGGGACGUGCGCCAAAUUCCCAACUCAAAGAAGAAGGCAUGGGAAGAGAAGACGAAACUUUUGUCGAACGCAUAUCGCUG